AUGUCUGAUUUUCCUUUUCCCCCGUUCCAUUUCUUUUUCUUUUUUUCAACUACGUUUCAUUCCAGGUCUGUUCCUAACAUUUUUGGAUCGGAGCAGGACUGCUAUAUUCCUCGUAUCAAAAAUGCCUUCUCAGCUUUGUUCAAAGGUGCUGAUUCUGAAAUUCGUUCGUCAGCGUUCAAAGCAUUUGUAACUUUCAUUGUGGAAAAUGACGAUGACGAUCAUCUUGUCAGGGAUCUAUCCCCACUAAUGAGCCAGGUUGUAGAGGUAUGUCGUUAUACAUGCACGCAUGAUGAUGGAGACGACACGCCGUUGCAAUGUCUUUCCGAAUUGGAAGCAGCUGCUCCAAAAAUGGUGAACCCACAUCUUUCAAAUUUCCUCGAAAUGUGUAUUGCGUGUGUUCUCAAUACUGAGAAAGAUGACGCCUACCGUCAUUCGGCAACUGAAGUUCUCGCGACAAUUUGUGAAUACUCUACGGCUGUCUUAAAAAAGCGCUAUUCACAGAGCAUAUUCUUCAUUUUGAAGGCUGUGCUUCUUCUUAUGACUCACCUCACCAUGGAUUUGAACGAGUGGCUGGAAGUGGAUGAGCUCGAUGCUGAAGACGAUGAAGAGUCUGUUGCUGUUGGUGAAUCAGCGUUAGACAGAAUAGCCUGUGCACUAAACGGCAAGUACAUCCUUUCGUCUUUCGUCGCUUUAACAGGCAAGCUGCGUCAUUCAGGUAAGAUUCUAUUGUGA